AUGAGACCAUCCAAGGAGUUAAAUCUUUAAAGAUUGCUAGAGAGAAGAAAAGACAAAAAGCAAACAAAAUUGAAAUCGAAAUACAAUAUAUGGCAAAAGUGGGAAGCGAAUAUCUAUUGAUUCAACAAUUAGAAUUUAAAAAUUCUUGUGCUUUAAAAAAUAAUGAAGGAUUUGGGCUUGAAUUAAAUAAUGCCUAUGAUAUAAUGGUUGAUGCUGCUUCUAAACAAAACGCAUUUAAAGCAUUAAAGAAUAAAUUUUAUCAUGAAAACGCUAAAUCUACCAUGCGAAAUAAAAGGUGA